AUGAAGGGUGAAUUUGGGAGGAUUAGGUCAAGGUCCCAUCGUGUGGUGGAGGAUCGUCCCGUGAGUGUUGUUGAUGAUGCUAUGAGGCAGAGUUGUUGGGCUAAUAUGCCGCCCGAGCUUUUAAGGGACGUUCUUGCUAGAAUUGAGGAGUCUGAGUGUAAUUGGCCACAGAGAGACAAUGUAGUUGCUUGUGGUGGUGUUUGUAGGAGUUGGAGAGAAAUAAUGAAGGAAAUAGUGAGUAGUUUGGAAGUUUCUGGAAGAUUGACAUUUCCUAUUUCUCUUAAGCAGCCUGGCCCAAGAAAUGCCAUGAUUCAGUGCUUCAUUAAGCGUAAGCGUGGGACUCAAACCUAUCAUCUUUACCUCAACUUGAGCCAAGCUUCUAAUGAUGAUGGGAAAUUCCUUCUUUCUGCCCAAAGACAUAGACGCCCGACUUACACAGACUACAUUAUAUCUUUGAAUGCUGAUGAUGUAUCGAAGUGCAGCAACAACUAUAUUGGAAAAUUGAGGUCUAAUUUCUUGGGCACCAAAUUCAUAAUUUAUGAUGCCCAGCCUCCGAAUCUUGGAGCUAAAGUCACUAAAUCUCGUUCGACGAGGCUAGUUGGACUGAGGCAAAUCUCUCCCCGAGUCCCUGCUGGCAACUAUCCAGUGGCCCACAUAUCAUACGAGCUGAAUGUCUUGGGUUCAAGGGGCCCGAGACGAAUGCAAUGUGUGAUGGGCAACAUACCUUCAUCAGCAGUUGAACCAAACGGCGAGGCCCCCACACAAACCGCUUUUGUGCAGGGAAACUUCGAGUCCUUCCCUUCGAAACCUUUCUUCCGGUCAAAGUCAACUCGAGCGGACAGUUUGCAGUCCGGUCAAAGUCAACCCGAGCGGACGAGUCCCAUUGAGGAGAUGCUGGUCCUAAAGAACAAGGCACCUAGGUGGCACGAACAGCUGCAGUGCUGGUGCCUAAACUUUAACGGGCGAGUAACGGUUGCCUCUGUGAAGAAUUUUCAGUUAGUGGCGAGUAGUGAGGGCAGCGGGCAGGAAGAGGACAAUAAUGUAAUUUUACAGUUUGGUAAGGUGGGCAACGAUAUAUUUACCAUGGAUUAUCGGUAUCCAAUCUCGGCAUUUCAGGCGUUUGCGAUUUGCCUCAGCAGCUUUGAUACGAAAAUCGCUUGUGAGUGA